AUGCCACCCCAUCAGCUACAUGCGAGAGAUAAUCAUGGGCCCGAGCUAGACAGAGGCAUCUGGGCCGCCGUUGCGAUUGCCGCGCUGAUCGUCAUCCUAAGGGUCUUUGCUAAGAUAAAGAUCAACCACUUUCGCGUAGACGAUGUUUUGAUGGUCAUAGCGGCAAUCCUAGCCAUUGUCUCCACCGUUUUCUUAACCCUCUCCGUCCAGCGUGGCUUUGGCAAAGACCUCACAACGAUAUCCAGCGACGAUCGCAUGGCCGUUUUGAAAUACAUCGCUAUCCAGAUCCCAAUCGUCACCAUUAGCACGACUAUCGCUCGCUCUGCCUUUAUUGUCUAUCUCCUUCCGAUCCUCAGCCCAAACAAGAAGUACCAGAUUGCGUUAUGGACGGUCUUGAUCGUUCAGUUUGCCGGCAACAUCGCCUCCGCCGUGUUGCCACUUAGCAUGUGUCGCAAUGUUAAUAUUCUCUGGGAUCCGACGGUCAAGACGACGUGUGCUGAUCAGAAAGCGGUUGUUAACUUCGCCUAUUACUCUAACAGUUUCAACUCCUUCACGGACUUAUUCCUAGCCGUCUUCCCCACCGUCGUGUUCUGGAAUCUCAACCUCAAAAUGCGCAUCAAGAUCAGUUUAAUCAUCCUGCUGAGUUUGGGUAUCGUUGCAAUGGUCGCCUCGAUCGUCAAAACCACCAAACUCAACCAAGUCCCUAGCGUCACGAACCUCGGAUCCACAGGAGCAGUCGAGCUCAUCCGCUGGGGCUAUGUCGAAAACGCCCUGAUCAUCAUCACAUCCUCCAUCCCCUGUAUCCGACCCCUAAUCAUCUCCUCCGUGCGCAAGAUCUCCAGCGGCGGGUUCACGCGCUCCUAUGAGUUAACGGGCCCGUUCAGCGGGAACCGGCGUACGGCGGGAAACGAAACCGCGCAAUCCCGACGGCAGAGGAAGUGGACGAAGACCGAGACCGGGAGUGUUGAACGGAUAUUAGAGCCGCAUGGUACGCAACAUACGCAUAAUACGAGUGUUAGUGGACGGAGGGACUCGUCGGAGCGUAUGGAACCGGGGAUCACGAAGCAGGUUGAGAUCUCGGUUACGAAUCAUCAGGGGCAGUAGGUGGUUUCCCUGGCUAGGGGAUUCGGGAGGGG